CUUCGUACUCUUUCACCUCUCGUGCGACUCUGACAGAAAAACAGCCAUGCCGUCCGAAAUGAAGAAGCUUAAUGUGCUGAUGUGUGGUACCGGCGAGUAUACUACGGGAUGGACUGGCUCCGGAGCGUCCAAGUCUGACAAGAAAAUCGGAGUCGUCGGGCUUACGCUUUUUGAUCUCCGGAGGUUGGGCAAGGUCGAUUGGCUUGGUAUGGUUGGCGUGAACGGCUCCAAGUUCCCUGCGAUCCGGAAGCACUUGCAGGAAAACAUUGCCGAGGUUUACAAGGACAUGGACAUCUCUUUUGACUCAUAUCCGGAAGGCCCAACGGUCAACGCAGAGGCUUACAAAAUUGCCGUCGACAAGAUGUCUCCUGGAGAUGCGGUCAUUAUCUUUACUCCUGACAACACGCAUUACCCCAUCGCAUUGUACGCGAUCGAACGCGGCAUUCACGUUCUGGUCACAAAGCCCGCCGUCCAAAUCCUUGCGCACCACAUCGCCCUUGUCGCCGCCGCAAAGAAACACAAUGUGAUCUGCUUCGUCGAGCACCAUAAGCGCUUCGACCCUGUGUAUAGCGACGCGAAGGCUAAAGCGGCCUCUCUCGGCGAAUUCAACUUCUUCAGCGCAUGGAUGAGUCAGCCCAAAAGCCAGCUGGAGACGUUCCGCGCAUGGGCCGGCAAAGAUUCCGACAUCAGCUACUACCUGUCCUCUCACCACAUCGACAUUCACUGCUGGAUCAUGCAGGGCAAGGCGGUCCCGACUCGCGUGAUCGCGAGCGCCGCGACGGGUAUCGCCACAAGCGAGCCGUACAACUGCGUACCCCAAACGGAAGACACCAUCACGCUCCUCGUCGACUGGCAGUCGCUCGUCAGUUCAAGGCACCGCGGCACGGCCGUAUACACCGCAUCGUGGACGGCCCCGCUGAAGUCCGGAGUGCAUUCUGCGCAAAGGUGGUAUUACAUGGCCGAGAAGGGAGAGAUCAACGUCGACCAAGCGCACCGAGGGUAUGACAUCGUCAACGACGAAACUGGGAAGACGUGGUACAACCCCUUCUACAUGAAGUACUCCCCCGACGAGAGCGGGCACUUCGAUGGCCAGCACGGAUACGGCUACAUCUCCAUCGAAAAGUUCAUCGACGCCGCUCGCAGCGUGAACGCCGGCACCGCCAAGCCCGCCGACUAUGAUGCUUACGGCCUUCCGACGAUCGCCAACACCGUUCUCACCACCGCCAUCCUCAACGCUGGUCGGAUUAGCCUGGAUGAGAAGCGGCCGGUGGACAUCAAGCAUAGUAACGGAGAGUGGAUCCUGGAGUGAACGCGGGGGAUUCGUCAAGCAAGGGGUACGGAAGAAGCGUUUAUGAGUUCAGUUCAAGUGUAUUCUAAGGCGGUUGCUCUGGCUAUGACAUUCGUCGCGGCUGGCCAUAAUUCCGGAC